CUCUCUGUCUGCAGGUUGUAGACGUCCUCUGUAGCAGCUUCUGAAUCAUGAGUGGCUCAAAGCCGGACAUCCUGUGGUCACCUCACCAUCCUGACCGCUAUGUCAUCUGUGACUCUGAGCUGGGACUCUACCGCAUCGGACCUGUGGGUGGCGCUGAAACCAAAGUGGGCGCGCUCCCACUCUCGGAGGAGACUGCCGCCACUUUACUGGCCAUUAACUCGGACACUCCGUACAUGAAAUGUGUGGCCUGGUACCCGAAACACGAGCCCGAGUGCCUGCUCGCUGUGGGUCAGGCCAACGGCAGAGUGGUGCUCACCAGCCUGGGCCAGAGCCACAACUCUACGUGUAAGGAGCUGGUGGGGAAGGAGUUUGUCCCCAAACACGCUCGCCAGUGUAACACGUUAGCCUGGAACCCUGUGGACAGCAACCUGCUAGCUGCAGGUCUGGACAAGCACAGAGCCGACUUCUCUGUCCUCAUAUGGGACAUCAGCAGUAAGUUUUCCCCGGAGGCCAGUGUGGCAGCGGAGAAGAUCCGCCUCUCCUCUGUGGACCUGGACUCCAGCUCAGUCGUGACGAAGCCGCUGUACGAGCUGGGCCAGAACGACGCCUGCCUCUCGCUCUGCUGGCUGCUCCGCGACCCCAAGCUGCUGCUGGCCGGCAUGCACCGCAACCUGGCCAUAUUUGACCUGAGGAACACCAGCCAGAAGACGUUCGUCAACACUAAGGCCAUCCAGGGCGUGACGGUCGACCCGCACUUCCACGACCGCGUCGCCUCCUUCUUCGAGGGCCAGGUGGCGAUCUGGGACCUGAGGAAGUUUGAGAAGCCGGUGCUGACGCUCACGGAGCAGCCGAAACCACUCACCAAGGUGGCGUGGUGUCCGACUCGCACCGGCCUGCUGGCGACGCUGACGCGCGACAGCAACAUCAUCCGUCUGUACGACAUGCAGCACACGCCGACGCCCAUCGGCGACGAGACGGAGCCCACCAUCAUCGAGCGCAGCGUGCAGCCCAGUGAGAGCCAGAUCGGCAGCUUCGCGUGGCACCCGUCCUCUCAGAACCGCAUGGUGGUGGUGUCGGCCACCAACCGCGUCAUGACCGACUUCACCGUCUUCGAGCGCAUCUCGCUGGCGUGGAGCUCCACCACGUCGCUCAUGUGGGCGUGCGGCCGCCACAUGUACGACUGCGCGGAGAACGGGCCCGACGGCGUGGACAGCGUGGUCGAGAAGGACAUCGCCACCAAGAUGAGGCAGAGGGCGCUGUCGAGGUACGGCCACGACACGGUGCAGGUGUGGAGGAACCACCUGCUGGCCGGAGGCAACGACCCCCAGCUCAAGUCCCUGUGGUGUGACCUCUUCUAUAUGAAGCAGUGUGCCGAGGACAUGGAGCUGAAACUGCAGGGGAACAAACAGUCAGUCGUCUACUCUGGAAUCAAGAACAUAGUUAGGACCAGCUCAGGAACAAGCGAGAGCCGCCGGUGCUGGAGCGGCUCGGACCGUCAGACGGACGUGGCGCGGUACCACAGCGAGGAGCGGUGCCUCGCCCUCAGACUCUGCGGCUGGAUCAGCCGCGGCCCCGACAUCGACGUGGAGAUCUUCCUGCGCUCGCUGGAGCUGGAGCGCGAGUGGGAGCGAGCGGCUGCCGUCGCCCUGUUCAACAUGGACAUCCGCCGCGCCAUCCAGAUCCUCAACAAGGGAGCCACCGCUGAGAGGGGUGACCUGAACCUGAACGUGGUUGCCAUGGCGUUGUCGGGCUACACGGACGAGAAGUCCUCCCUGUGGAGGGAGAUGUGCAGCUCUCUGCGGCUGCAGCUGAAGAACCCCUACCUCUGCGUCAUGUUUGCCUUUCUCACCAGUGAGCCCGGAGCCUACGAUGGUUUGCUGUAUGAGAGCAGCGUCGCUGUGCGGGACCGAGUUGCCUUCGCCUGUAUGUUUCUCAACGAUGCACAGCUCACUCGUUACAUCGACAAACUGACGGGCGAGCUGAAGGAGGCGGGCGACCUGGAGGGCAUCCUGCUGACGGGGCUCAGCAAAGACGGAGUGGAUCUCAUGGAGAGCUACGUGGAUCACACCGGAGAUGUUCAGACUGCCAGCUUCUGCAUGUUAAAGGGUUCCCCAGGUGAAGUGUUGAAGGAUCCACGAGUUCAGUGCUGGAUAGAGAACUACCGUAACCUCCUGGACGCCUGGAGGUUCUGGCACAAACGGGCCGAGUUUGACAUCCAUCGAGGAAAACAGGACCCGAGCUCCAAACCACUCGCCCAGGUGUUUGUGAGCUGCAACUUCUGCGGGAAGUCCAUCUCCUACAGCUGCUCAGCGAUGCCUCACCAGGGCCGCGGCUUCAGCCAGUACGGCGUCAGCGGCUCGCCCACCAAGUCAAAGGUCACCAGUUGCCCCGGCUGCAGGAAGCCGCUGCCACGCUGCGCCCUCUGCCUCAUGAACAUGGGCACACCUGUGUCCAACUGUCCAGGAACAGGGAAGUCGGACGAGAAGGUGGAUCUGACCAGGGAGAACAAACUCGCUCAGUUUAACAACUGGUUCACCUGGUGUCACAACUGUCGUCACGGAGGCCACGCCGGUCACAUGCUCAGCUGGUUCAGAGACCACACAGAGUGUCCUGUGUCGGCCUGUACGUGUAAAUGCAUGCAGCUGGACACCACAGGGAACCUGGUGCCUUCGGACAGCAGCUAAGUGGGCGGAGCCUGUCAGACUCUGACGCCAAAACACCAGCACAGGUUUCGCUGCUGCACCCGCCACAACCCAACAACAGAGGGACGCAGGGGACGAAAGGCGGCGUCCUAGUCUCUGAAAGUGGCUACUUGAAUUUUGAAUUUGAUCGUGAAUGUAACGUCCUGAAGAAAGAAGGCGGGGUUUAUUACUGAUCUGACUAACUGACAACUGCGAUGAUAGAAAAGGGAGCAAAUCAAAGAAAACUCGCUGCUGCUGCUGCUGCUGAUGAUGAUGAAAGUCUCAGGAGGAAACACAAGUGGUUCUGCAGUUAAUUUGCCUUUAAAAACAUUUAUUUUUAAUAGGGAAGGUUCCAUAGCUAAUUUUGUUGUGUCCGAUAUUCCGAUAAUCUUGAUACCAAUUAAAGUAAACUGACUUUUUAACUCCUUUAA